AAUAUAUUGAAGGUAGGGAAUGAUCCUCUACAACCUCAAGACGCAGGACGACGAGAGAGACGUACAUAGGAGUCCCUUUCUCCAACGUUUUCUACUCAGAAAGCAACAAACUGCGACACUCGGACCAAAAAAUUAGCGCACGGCCGCCAUCUUUGUUUUGUGUCAAUGUCACCACUUCCGGUGACAUAGUUUCGUAUUUGAGAGACAAUUGUCCUAUAUACGGAAAAUUCUUCUAUUGUAUACCCCUACUAUUUCACGAUUAAGAAAUAUAACGAGAUUUCAACUAUCAGCUGACCAAAAAAUUUCGUGUUUUGUGUAAAAUCUUUCUAAAUUGCUGACCCGGAAGUAGAUGCUCAGGGUCGUCUGCUACAGGUGCUACAUGACGAGGUCAACUUGCAUGUGGUAAAGUUACUUUAAUGUUUUCACGAAUUAUAAACAUUUCUCGAUGUCUUUCUCGCGGAAUUCCAAAGUUGUGAUGAUGUCUAGAGAUAGCGAGGACGCAGAGCUGGUCCUGGCGCAUCUCAUUCACCCCGUGACGGUGAAGAAGCUGGUACGACGUUGGUUAGAGGAGGACACGCCGAGUUUUGACUAUGGCGGGUUUGUAGUAGGAGAGAGAAAGGAGUCGGCGGUGUUGCUGUGUAAGUCUGCCGGGGUACUGGCGGGAGUGCCAUUCUUCAAUGCCAUCUUCGAGGAGCUGAACUGCACCGUGGACUGGCAGGUGCCAGAAGGAACACUGCUAGAGCCUGUCAGUGAACCCAUCACAGUAGCAAUAGUAUCUGGGAAGGUGAGGCACCUUCUGCUCGGUGAGAGAGUGGCGCUGAACUGUAUCACCCGUGCCAGCGGUAUCGCCACCCAGGCCAGACGCAUGUCGGACAUCGCACAAAAUACGGACUGGCACGGGGAGGUGUCGGGGACGAGGAAGACCACGCCGGGCUUCCGUCUGGUGGAGAAGUACGCGUUACUCGUUGGGGGAAUCUCCACGCACAGAUACGACCUGUCCUCCAUGAUCAUGCUGAAGGAUAAUCAUAUCUGGUCAGCAGGGAACAUCACUCAGGCAGUGAAAGAUGCUAAGAGAGUUGGCGGGUUCUGUACUAAGAUCGAGGUGGAGUGUCGGUCAGUGGAGGAGGCCCUGGAGGCUGCAGCAGCUGGAGCAGACGUGGUCAUGCUGGACAACUUUGAGCCACAGGCCCUGCAUCCUGCAGCCAGGGUGAUAAAAGACAAGUUCCCCCACAUUCUGGUGGAGUCUAGCGGAGGUAUCCGUGAGGACACUCUGUUCAAGUUCAUGGGUCCCCACGUGGACGUCAUAUCCCUCAGCAUCACCACACAGGGGUAUCAGACUGUAGACUUCUCCUUCAAGAUACAGAAACAGGGAAAGAACCCACACAACCCACGUGUGCAGACGUCUUUAUGAUUCAUCGUUGUGUGAAUCUUGGUAGAUUAUUUUUGUAAGUCAUGUAUAUCUGCAGCAAUUGGUAGACUAUUGACUCGGAGACAUAGAGUGGUCAGGGAAAAUCUGCAAGUGAUUAUUUUUGUAAUGAAAUUUAUCAGACCUUACUCUGUAUCAUUUUAUUGAUACAAAACUUGACAUCAUUUGAAAAGUGAUACCUAAAUGUAGCUGUCAAUUGUAUGAAUUUGAAGGAUGGAAGAACAUCUAUAUGCAGGAUUAGUGCA